AUGGCUCAAGUUUCGGGAUCCGGAGAUCCCUUGGACGGAUUGGACGUACCUUUUCCAUCGUCACGAGAUGCACACAUUACCGCAGCAGUUUCCGUCAAAUUACCGGAGUUCUGGAAAACGGAUCCGCUCAUGUGGUUUGCCCAGGUUGAGGCUCAAUUUUCGCUUGCUGGGAUUCAGAGCGACCUAACCAAAUUUCACCACAUAAUUGCUAAGGUGGAUCAGACAGUCUUGCGGCAUAUUUCCGAUAUAGUCGCAAAUCCUCCUGCACAGGAUAAGUAUGUAACUGUAAAAAACCGUCUAAUCUCCCGAUUCGAGUUGUCGGCACAGGAAAAAUUCGAAAAGCUACUUAAUUCCUGUGAUCUUGGUGAUAUGCGUCCGACUCACCUGCUAGCUAAAAUGCAGGAGCUGGCUACAAAUCUAAACGUAAACGACGAGUUAAUGAGAAUGUUGUUCAUGCAACGGAUGCCAACGAGCAUACGUGCAGUUUUAGCGAUUUGUGAGAAUAAACUUGAUCAGCUAGCGGAAAUGGCUGAUAAGAUGGUCGACUCCUCUGGUCAUCAGAUAGUCAUCGCAUCUCUUCCUGCUGCUACUACGAAUAUACAAGAUCUGGAAAUCCAAAUUGCUGCACUGUCCAGCGAAGUGCGACGAUUGAGAACGGUGGAAAAUGGAAAUCGGUCCCGUUCUUCAUCACGUCGCCGUAACGACCCACAGUCUUCGCAGGACAUUUGUUGGUAUCAUCGUAAAUUUCGAGAGGCCGCACAACAAUGUCGAUCUCCGUGCCGGUAUUCGAAACCAAAAAACUAA